CAGAAUCAGGCAGGGGAGAAUUGGGACCAGCACCAUCCUGCCAUCCAAUAGCUCAAGGACAGCAUGAAGAGACCACCUAACAUGUCCCCUGCCUCAGUACCCAUGGAGGCAUAAUGGCCCAGGCGGCCCCAGUGCUACUGCUGCUGUUUUUGCUGUUAAUGGGUUCACAGGGUAAAGUGUUGAAAAAGAAGUACGAGGAGGGGCAGACACUCAGAGUGAGCUGUGGCUACAAUCCCUGGAGAGCUGAGAAGAGCUGGAAAACCUGGUGUAAAGUGAGAAAAGAUGGAAAGAUGUGUGAUAGACUAAUUACCAGGAAUUCAAUCUUUACUGAGCAACUGUGCAACCCACAAGCCUCCCUGGAGGAUGACACCUACACUGGUAUCAUCACCAUCACCAUGUCUAACCUCAGAGUGAAGGACUCGGGCAUCUAUUGGUGUGGAAUCUAUGACCCUGUCAGUGACACUACUGAUAUUCUCAGGACAAUCAGGCUGGAGGUUUCUCCAGGCACAACAUCGAAGACCACCAAACAUUCUCAAAUUACCACUGACUCACCUCUCACCACCUCUGCCAUCCCCUUGGGCACCAGCAGGCCAUCACACUCUUCCAUUUUCUCCAGUUCCCCAGUUAUCCAAGUACUAUGUGGACUCAUUGUGACCAAAGGCCUAGUCUUCACAGCUCUGGUGGUUUGGUUGGGCAGGUACAGGAGCUGCUGUAAAGGAAGGAGUCACUCUGAGCUUUCUCAGGACCAAAAUGACCUGAAGUGAAAUGAACUCAUUUCAAUGUACAUCUCAACCUGAGGUACAUUCCUGCCAUCCUGAGCUUGGCCCAGGCCACCAGCAAUAUGCAGACAUCCCUAUCAGCACAGGCAGUCCAGCCACCAUACCCAUGCUGAUUCCCUGUCCAGAUCCUUGAAGCCCUUUUCAUGCCUUUUCAGCUUUCAGUGGACCUCAGAGCUCACCUCUUUUUUUUUUCUCUUAUGAUGAGAAGCACCUAUUGUCUAUUCCUGUCAUCCUUAUUACUCUGUAGAUGGGUCAAUCUGUUUCUCUUAGGCCUUAGAAUGGCUCCUCAUUGCAUUUGAAAUGAAGUUCAAAAUCCUAGUACUCAAGACCUCUUUCAUGGUGUGGCCCUCAAAUAGUGAUCCAAUCUUCUUUCUCACUAUUUCCCUGCAGAGACUCUCCCUUAUGGCCAGGUUGGGCUCUUCAUGUUCUCUAGAACAUUAUAUAAAACUCAAUAUCAAAGGGGGCCAUUCACUUGUUUAUAAAGAUCCCUCUGUGCUAUGUCUGACUUUUAAAAACCAGUUAUCAGUAUUAUCUGCGUUAUAUUGUGUUUUUAUUUAUAUUGUUACCUAUUUUCCAAUUAUGUCUUAAUCUGGUUCAGAGUACACUUGGGAGCAUUGAGGGAGGUGUGCAGGCCCUAUGUUAUGUUUGGACACAUCUGUCUGUUCUAGAAGAGGGUUAUGUUCACUUGCUUAUCUUGCUCCUUCCUAUUCUGCCUAUUUCUAAGGUCCUUCUGGGCUCCUAUGCAGGACCUAUUUAUUCAUUAAAACACUUUAGCAAUCAGAAUUCCUUUAAGAAGAGGUCUGUGAGCUCACAAUAAGAUUUGAGGCUCCCCUCCUUUUAAAAUCCAUUGACAUUCUAUCUCUCCUUUCAUAACAUUUAUCACUCCCCAACCUGUAUUGCCCCAAAGUGGGCUCUUAUACACCAGGGGAUCCCAACCUGGGGCAUGUGACCUUUUUCUAUAAAUAUUUUGAAAAGUAGUUCUGAUACAAUUGUUCUUCAAGCAGCAUGUGGUACAGGUAGUACAGUGGAUGGAGCACUGGGCUUGGAGUCAGGAAGACUCAUCUUCUUGAGUUCAAAUCCAGCCUCAGACACUUAGCAGCUGUGUCACUGUGGGCGAGUUUGCCCCAGUUCCUCAUCUAUAACAUAAGCUGGUGAAGGCAAUGGCAACCUUCCUGUAUCCUGAACCCAAAUGGGUUCACAUAUAGUUGGACAUGACUGAAAAAAGACUGGACAAUAUUUAUUCCAGGUUUUGUUUUUUUUCUUACCUAGAGGAUGAGUUCAGAUGUGAGUAAAGAGUGGAAAGCAGGCAGGAAGAAGACGGUAUAGAUUUUUGUUACUUAAAAAAAAUAUAUAAAAUCAAAAUCUAAAAAAGAAAGAGAAUAAGGAUUUCUAAGAAAGAGAGAUCUGACCAAGGAAUGGGUAUCCCUCAUGUACCUCAAGAAGGCCAUUGAGAAUUUAGGGAUCUCAGCAUGACUUAGUUAUCUCCUGUUUGGUCAAGAUAUUAUUCCCUGAAUUGGGUAAUGUUAUGAAAUGUCUUUUGACAAAAGGUGGGGAGGAUUUAGCACAAGUCACAAACAAACACAGAAUUGUGGAUCUCAUACAACUGUGGACUAAGCAGAAUCUAUUGACUUGGAAAACUUUAGCAUUCCUAGAAUCCAAAGGCCUAAGUAUCCAAGUGCAGGAGUGCGCGUGCAUGCACGCGCGCACACACACACACACACACACACACACACACACACACACACACACACACUUAUGACUUCAUUCAUUUCUACAGUCCAUUGCUACCAUACAGGAGAAAUGCCCCCUCAGGGUACCCAGACUGGGACCCUCAUGAAAAAGAAAGCAAUUUGCUAGCACUGGACUCACUGGUACAAGGGCAUUCAGAAGACAUCAUCCAUUGAAUCUCUUUUGAGAAAAUUCCCCAUCUUUCCUAUAUUUCAUCAAGGCUUUCCCCCCACUUUCUCCCAAAGAAGGAGUGUCUAUUCUAUACUAUACUAUACAGAUUUUUUAUGAAGGCAUUUGGGGGUUAACAUCAGAGAUAAUAAAGAAGAGACUAUCCCACUAAAGGGUAAAGGAGAUAAAAAAAAAUUAAAAAUAGGAUAGGGAAGGAUGGGUUUGGUCACUUGGGAUAUCAGAGGAUCAAGAAGACUAAUGUAGGUAUUUGGAUUGGAGUAGCCCUUACAAAACAGGAGUAGGGCUACAACUACACCCACUAGCUCAUGAAGCAUGGGCUGAGUUCUCCUGGCAACUUCUGGGGAAACGUGACAAAAUAGACAGGAUAGACACUUGAGGAUGAUGCAGUCUCUGGGAGAGUCCUUUUCUCUCUUGCUCACCAUCCCAAACACCAUGGCUACAGCAGAAUGGGGGCAUGUAUCAAAGUUCUACCUCUCUGAGGGGCAAUCUCAUCAUAGAUUGCUGCCAUUUAAGGCAGUAGGCAGAUCUGAGACAUUGAACAAGUAACCCUGGGCCCAAUCAAUUAGUUUGGAUUGUGGAAAUUCAAUCUACAGGACAGCAGGCUAUAUUGAGUCAAUGAUAUCAUUGUAGAGUUAAGCCAGAAGAGGCAUUUAUGGUGCCUCUCAGUGUUCAACUACCUGGGUUUUCUUGUUCCAUAGAAAUGAACAUGACCAGCAGCCAGAAGUAUUGGGUUCCCACUUGGUGGGGCUUAACCACACUGAAGAUUAUAAUACCUCGUCCCAGACAGAGUUUUUAUCACCAUUAAGGGCAAUGGAGCAUGUGACUAGUCCCUAAAUUCAGUCUUAUACUUACAUAUGUCUAUGUGCUGACCAGAUUCCAAAGUUCAGGAGGGUGUAAAUCCUCUGAAGAUGUAGAGGCUUAGUUCUCACCAUAGUCUCAAGACCUGAUGUAGAAACAACUUAAAGGAUAGUUGGAUUGCCACAUCAUAAAGUGGGGUCAAGCUUAGAGCAUUCCCCUAGCUGAACUCCUAUCCCAACAGUCCUCAAACUUUUUCAUCAUAAGACCCAUUUAUGCUAAUAAAAUUAUUGAGUUCAUCAAAGA